AUGUAUAAAGUGAGUCCAAUAGGUGAAAUAUUUUAUCUUAGAAUGUUACUUUUGCAUGUUAGAGGUGCAGUUUCUUUUGAAGAUUUGCGUACUGUUAAUGGUACAGUUUUUAAUACAUUCCGAGAAGCAUGUUCUCAAUUAGGUCUGUUACAAGACGACGCUGAAUGGAGAAAUACAUUAACUGAGGCUGCUGCAACUCGGUUGCCAAAUCAAAUUAGACAGUUGUUUUCCAUUAUUUUGACUUUCUGUGAACCUGAUGAUCCAUUAAAUCUUUGGAAUGCCUUUAAAGAUUUUAUGAUGGAGGAUUACAUUCACCAUUCCAUGCCACCAAUAAUUGCUGAGCAGGCAGCUUUGCAUCAAAUUGAAUCUAUAAUUAAUCAGAAUGGUAAGACUUUAGCUGAUGUUAAUCUUCCUACUUUAGAUGAGUUUUUAGAUUAUGUCCCACAAAAUGAAGAGGAAGAUGUUCAGGUUUUAAUUGAUGAAGCAAAUAGGGUUAGACCAUUGUUAAAUGAUAAUCAGCGUCAAAUUGCUGAUGCUAUCCUCUCUGCUCUUAGUGAGCAACCUAACAAUGAAAACAAGCAGUCUAGAUUGUUUUUUAUGGAUGGCCCUGCAGGUUGUGGUAAAACAUUUACAUACAAUUAUUUAAUCGCUGAAACCAGCAGUAGACAUAUUAUAACUGCAACAGCUGCAUGGACAGGAAUAGCUGCAACUCUUUUAAAAAAAGGAUGUACACUUCAUGGUUUGUUCAAACUUCCUGUGCCGAUUUUGGAAAAUAGCACAUGCAAUGUAACUCCAAAUUCUAUACACGGAAAAUUCUUGAGGCAAGUUAGCCUUUAUUUACUAGAUGAGGCAUCCAUGAUACCUAAACAUGCUUUAAAUGCCAUUGAUAAGUUACUUCAAGACGUUUGCAAUAACAAGUUUCCUUUCGGUGGUAAAGUUAUUCUUAUGGGUGGGGAUUUUAGGCAAAUACUUCCGGUUGUAAAGAGAGGGCAACCAGCUGAUAUUGUUGAAGCCUGUAUAAAAUGUUCUCAACAUUGGCAAUAUGUUCAGCGAUUUUCAUUAACAGAAAAUAUGAGGGCUCAGGCCGAAGAAGAGGAAUUCUCUCAAUGGCUUUUAAAACUUGGUAGUGGAACAUUACCUUUAAAAGCAGAUGGUUCCUUUCGCGGGUGCAUUGAGAUUCCUGAGCAAUGCUUGCUUGGAGAAAAUGAAUUUUUAGUAGACAAGAUUUUUGGAGUUGCAGAAGAAGAUGAUUAUGCUAAACGUGCCAUUUUGACACCCAAUAAUGUUGAUUCUUUAGCAAUAAAUGAAGAAGUUUUGGACCGUUUACCAGGUGACGUUAAGGUUUAUUUAAGUGCUAAUACUAUUGAAACAGAUGAUCUUAACGAAAUCAAUAAUUUUCCUGUUGAGUUUUUAAACAGUCUUACUCCAUCAGGAAUGCCUGUUCAUUGCCUAAAGCUAAAAAUUGGUGCUGUUAUAAUGUUACUUCGAAAUUUAGAUCUAAAAGCUGGACUUUGCAAUGGUACCCGAUUGAUAGUGCGUGCUCUACAAAAUAAUUACAUUGAUGGGCAAGUUCUAACAGGUGUUUCAGUUGGCAAGAGGGUAUUUGUCCCUCGGGUUCAGUUAACACAAUCUGAUUCAAAUUUACCUUUUACUCUUAAGCGUCGUCAAUUUCCUGUAAGAUUAGCAUACUCAAUGACCAUAAAUAAAAGUCAAGGUCAAACUUUUGACAAAGUUGGUUAUAUUUUGUAA